GCGUCUAACCAACAUCUCAGUCAGUAGUCACGCUAGGCUCUCGCCACCAUCACUCCAUUUUCUUGCGCGCCGGCUGCAUGCUGUUUCCUUUCAAAUCCCUACCUAGAUACCCAUUACCCAUUUCCCAUUGACCAAGUUCAAUACCCUCACCUCUACUGCAAUUUGAUUCUUCGCCUGGUUUGCGUCACGUAUUAUCUAGCAUCUCACUCUCCUUCGCCUCCCUCGCCAUCAUUGUCGAAGAGCGUCGCAAUGCCCUCCGCAAACCUCCCUACCUUUCUACAGUCCGAAGUCGCAUCGCGCAAUACUAAGAAUUCUUGUUACGUUACUAUUGGCACCAAAGUAUUUGAUGUUACCGAUUUCUUAAACGACCACCCCGGUGGUGCCGACCUUGUGCUCGAGUACGGUGGCAGAGAUGUCAAGGCAAUAAUGGAAGAUGAGGCCUCGCAUACCCAUUCGGAAGCUGCAUAUGAAGUCCUGGAAGAUUGUCUGGUUGGUUUUGUGGCUACAGAAAAGGUGCUCAGUGCAGCUGCGAAAAGUCAGCACCCAGACGAAAUAGUACCUCUUCCACCAACAGUUCAAGGGAAGAAGGAACCACAGGCGAAUGGCAUUGACAGCAGCCAAGCAACAAGACCAGUCUACGAAGCAACAGGUAUGUCAUCUGCAGAUGAUCUAUCAAAAGAGACGGAUUUUACGUCAGACUACAAAACACACAAGUUCAUCGAUUUGAGUCGGCCAAUGUUUCCGCAAGUAUGGUACGGCGGUUUCAGCAAAGAGUUCUACUUGCAACAAAUACAUCGGCCUCGUCAUUACAAGGGUGGUCAAUCAGCUCCUCUUUUCGGAAAUUUUCUGGAGCCUCUCAGUAAAACUGCUUGGUGGAUAGUUCCCACUGUCUGGGUUCCUCCAGUUGCUUACGGUACAUACCUUGCCAGUCAGGGUAUGGACAGCAUUCUUCAGCUGGUCGCAUACUGGCUGGUAGGCCUGGCGAUCUGGACAUUGGUUGAAUAUGGCCUCCAUCGUUGUUUAUUCCAUGUCGACCAUUACUUACCUGACAAUCGUGUCGGUAUCACCGCACAUUUCCUACUUCACGGAAUUCAUCAUUAUCUUCCCAUGGACAAGUAUCGCCUGGUCAUGCCUCCAACCCUGUUUAUCGUGCUCGCUGCGCCGUUUUGGAAGCUCGCCCAUGCUAUCUUCUUCUACAGUUGGCACGCCGCCGUAGCGGUCUAUUGUGGAGGUAUAUUUGGCUAUAUCUGCUAUGAUCUUACACACUACUUCCUCCACCACCGAAGCUUGCCCGCUCAUUAUCGAGAACUCAAGAAGUACCACCUUCAACAUCACUUCGCUGACUAUGAGAAUGGGUUCGGAGUGACCAGUCGUUUCUGGGACCGCAUCUUCAAGACCGAACUAGCUAUCCCACCGCCCAAAAUUGUCAAGACCUCUUAGUUUCCAGGCAUGGGUCAUCCUUGGAUGUUUCUUUAAAAGCAUGUAUGACGAGUACGGGUUUGGCUCAUCACGAUGAAUGAAACGUUUUAGACCUUGCAUUAGUUUUGUGUAUGUUAGGCAUACUGCUCAGGAGUCGCGUGCCAACCGGGGAGCUGGCGGAUAUGCUAUAAUACGCUCCCAUUAAUUCAUAAUAAUAAACUACAUUCACUCGAAG